AUGUACAAAUACCCAUCGGCUGUUUGUGAUAUAAGUGCAUUUUCAGGCGAUGAUUUCGAUGUCAGCAGCUGGAUCAACACAUCGUACGAACGAUCCCAAAGGACGGCUGCUACCGGAUCCGCCGGCGGCAAAGAAGCGUUCGUAUCGUCACUCGUCUCCAAAAUGCAGCUGUAUGUGCAGCAGAUCAACGUUGCCCUUGAACAAACCGGUGGCCAAGUGUUGAAAAACAUCCCGAAGGUGAUCAGCGACGCAAGCAUGCUGCAGAUUGAGUCGGGUUUGCUGAAGCAGCGUAUGAAUCAGGUGCAGCGUGAAAUUGCCCACCUCCAAACCGAAACCGGCGACUGUAUGGUUAGUCUCGAACGGUUGGACAAUAUUAAACAGCGGCUGCAAAGCUCCAAACAGUGUCUUCAGGAAGCCGACGGAUGGGGCAAGCUGGCCGGUGAGCUGGAGGAUUUGCUGGAAAAAUCCGAUAUAGAAGCGUCCAGCGGAAAGCUGUUGUCGUUGCAGAAAUCACUCGCGGCGCAAGUCGCACUGCACGGACACGCGGAACGGGAGAACCAGGUGGAAUAUUUUAAGAACCGGCUCGAAGCGCUCGUUAGUCCCUCGGUUGUGGUCGCCCUGCGCUCGAUGGAUACGGCCGCCUGUCGGCGUUAUGUUGGCAUUUUUGAAGGUAUCGAUCGGUUGGCCCAGCUGAAGCAGUACUAUCGCACCGUGUUGAAGGCCUUCGUGCAGGAACGCUGGGCCGGUGCUAUCGAGGGCAGCGAAAGCGGCGGAUCGGAUGUGUUGAAGGAAUUUUACGAUAAUUUGCUAGAGAUGCUAAAGAACCAUCUACGCUGGAGUUGUCAGUGUUUCGGAGAAGCCACAGACUGCAUUUUGGCUGUAGCGGAAGCGUUAGAAAAUCUUGAUCCGACACGCGAAAGUAUCGUCCGCAGUGCACUUAAACGUGCCACGGACAAGUUCUGGACGUUGACUCAAUUUUCCAAGGUAAACGUUUCGAUGGGAUCACUGAUCGAGGGCUUGGUACGUGGAGGACCACAACAAGACAUACGGUGCGACGAUGAGACCGUUAUCGAUCGACUGGCUAGCUCGUUGUUUGUGUUUUUCGGCGUAUUUCUGAAGGAGUAUCCAACGCUGGAAAACACCCAACUGGAGACGGCUUUGCAAAGUCUAACGAUUGUCGGUUCGGCACCAGCCGACAGUGUGCACAAUCUGGAAAGUGCCAAUGAUAAAAUCAUCCGCUGGGCUACGGAAGCAAUGACACGCUGUCAGGACAUUACACAGAACUGUGCCUUGCUGUCGGUAGGAAGUGUUCUGCAGAACUACCUUCUCUCCUAUCUGGAUCAGUACAACAAAGUGCAGAAACAGCUUGCCGCCAGUCAACCGAAUCAAACCGAUUGGAACCUGCUUCAACUGAGUGUGGUGCUGUUGCAGUACCUUGGAGCAUUCCGACAGGCCGUACAAGAACUCGAACAAAAGCUCAUCGAAAACGUGCAAACAAAGCACACUCAGCUAGUAACCAAUCCUGCUCGAGCACGGUUCGAAUAUCGCCUAAACACAAAAGGCGAGGUUAACGAGUUGCGCAAGAUGGUUACCACAUUUGAGGCAUCGUCCGAGCCGAACCGGGAGUUUUUCACCGAAUUUCAUACUCGCAUGAAGCGUACCUGUGAGGAUAUUCACGACACAAUGCUGCAGAUUGCGUUCUCACCCAUCACCAAACACUUUAAGCAAAUUGAGCCCGUGCCCAGCAGUCCAGCAGGGGCAACAAUUGGGUCGGCCGCGAUGGAUGCGUUGCCAGAUUAUAGCUAUGCGCCACAGGAGUACAUCACACUGAUAAGUCAGUAUUUGCUAACGCUUCCACAGCACCUGGAACCGCUGCUUCUUUCGCCGGCCAGUGUACUGAAGGCAGUGUUGGAAGUGGCCGACCACCGGUACGCUUCGAACCGACCGUGUGCCGACGUUUUUCUUGCACUGGUCGUGGAAGAAUCGGAAGCGCUGUACGUGGAACAGAUCGAGAACAUUUGCUCGCUGAAUGCGUCGGGUGCGAAACAGUUGGCGACCGAUAUUGAAUACUUCGGAAGUGUUUUGGAAGAAAUGGGCCAGUCGUUGGGAACUAAUUUGCAACAAACGGUGAAGCUUCUGCGAGCCCCAUUGGAAUCCUAUGCAUCAACAGCAACGGGCUGCGAUCCGGAACUAGUAGCCGCGAUACGUCAAAAGCGUAAUCUGAUGUCCUGUUGA